AGAAAUGAAACCAUGACUACCACAGGGAUUCCACAAAAUAUGAAACAAAUUUCCAUACCGAAACAAUUUGCAUCUAUUUUGGAGGGAUUGGGAGAUGAAAAAUGGCAGGCGACACUCGAUUGCUGAAUACCGUCUUUCAAAUUUCAACGUUUUUCUCUUUAUUGGAGCUCAACAAAAAGGUUCAUGCGUAUUAUUGUCGUUCAGAUUGGUGUAAUUAUAAUGAAUACUGCUGUGGUUUUGAUGAAUGCUGUAGUUAUUUAACAGGAUACUGGUACUUAUGGUUGRCAGGUGGAGUAAUGAUUUUCUCAUUCCUCAUGGUGUGUUGCUGGAUGCGGCACAGACGAAUAUCCAAAGAUGCAAGUUACCAAAAGAUGCAUAAUCAACCACAUGGCUAUGUACUGUAUGGUACRACCCAGUAUGGUGAUCCUAUCUAUGUACGUCAACAACCUACCRGUUACCAGUAUCAAGGACCAGUUCCUACACAAACACCAUACAYUUCUACGAAUAUGAAGGGAAGUAUUCCUUUAGAAGAAGCAAGGCAAAGGCAGGCCGCACCUGUUCAACCACCACCCUAUGAUUACAAUGAGAGAYGAACCCCUUCAGCCCCACCCUAUAAUAACAAUUAAAUCAUUUAUGAUGUCGUCUCUUCUAAGAAUUAUUUAAGUCAACAUUGAGGGUUUUACUUUUGUAAAAUAUCUAUGUAGUGUAGAAGAGAGUUAGAUUAUUUUUCUAAUGCUUGCAUUAUUGCCAUUUGUUGUGGCAUCAACACUACUGRCAUUGAAAACAAAUACUAAUUUAUYAUAAAAGUAAAGGUUUUAGACAAAUAAAUGAGGAAUUUAUAGGUUUGGGAAAUAAAAUAGAAAGAAAACUGA